GUGUUGAGGACGUCUCUAGAUGAAUGCUAUAUCCAAGGCAUCCGUGCCAGUCUUCAGAGCGCAGAAUUUGGUGUCAGGCCCUGGGUUCGAAGCCCAGCCUUUAUCACCAGUGCAAUGACUUCUCUUAGCUUUGGUUAAUCCUCGCCCCAGAUUCAACUUCUCGGCGCUUCCACCGGUGCUUCUAUUAACUGAUCUUCUGUCUCUCUUGUUGAAGUCUCCCAGUGAUACCUUCAGGAAGGCAACCCGGAUCGAAGUUACCAAAUGGAAAGAAAGGGACCCACGUGAGAAAAGUAGCACAUUUUAACGUAGAUCCUGCCUGUCCUGCUUAUUCUGAUUCAGAAAGUCAGACGGACACUGUUCAGGGACUUGACAGUUGUGCUUCUUUGCUGCGGGACAUUUUGAAAAAUGAAGAUUCAGGUUUUAUUUUUUAAAGUUCUUUGUUGAUCAUCUUUUAUCAAUAAGCUAGUUCUUCAUGUUUGCAGACCUUUCUUUUUAUUAUUAACAGGUUCAGAAGUAGUAUAUUCAGAAAAUAGAUCCAAUUCUAAACCUUUAGAAGGCAGAAAGAACAGAUCUAAAAAGAAAGGACCUGAAAAACAUGUUCCUACAGUGGUCCGGAAGGAAAUAUGAACAGGACAAGGGACCAGGUGAAAGAGUUUAGUGAACGUUAGUGGUAGCGCACUCCACAUGCAGGUGCUGGAACCGAAAGGGAGAUUUUCCAAGUAGCACUUACUGGAGAUCUUAAGGAAUAGUAUCAUCAGAAAAUAAGAGAUGGAUGCCUAAUGAAACUUCUACUGGAAGUGACAUAGCGCAGCAUUGGUCAGUACAAGAUCAUUACAGAAUGUACUCACCGAUAAUAUACCAAGCCCUCUGUGAGCAUGUGCAGACUCAAAUGUCACUGAUGAAUAGCUUCGCUUCAAAACAUGGCCCCAAUGGAAGGCCUGCUGUGUGCCAUACUGGGUCUAAUUCAGACUCUCAGGCAAUGUCACAUUCUGGUUUUGGCUGGUCUUCCGCUUCGGUCUGGCCCCCUCAGCAGCCAUCCUGCCAUCUAACAGUCCACUCUGAAGUUCAGACUGAUGAUGAUAACCAGUUUGACUCACAGGGUCAGACAACCCCUGUGCGGCACCGUGAUGCUCCCAGGACUUUAUCCAGCAUCCAUCCUGGAGUUGCACAUGGCCCUCCCCACUCUGAUGGUGCCGCUGCUUCAAAGAUUCAGCAGCUGAAUCUUGGGAGUUGGGUUCUGCCACAACAGAGAGCUCCUAAGGAAGCAGAGCUACCGAAGCGUUUCCAAACACACGUGUCUCUGUUUCCAGCUCAUGGAAAAGACGCUCUCUCGGACAGUCAGGCACACCCAAGUCCCUCUCACUUACCGCCAGUCUUCUUGGCCACUAAUGAAGAGAAAUGUGCCAGAGAACAAAUUGGAGAGGCCACAAAUGAAGGAAAGUAUUUAAGCAUCCAUGAGCAAGAUGCAAAGCUCGCCAAGAAUGUGCAGCAGGCAGAAAACGUGAGCCAGACUGCUGAGAAAGUCAGAAUUGCCAAGUGCUUGCUGGGAGAGCUCAAGGCCCUGACCGAAGAACAAGAGGACUCAGAAGUUCAGAGAUUGCUAACAGAAGUAGAGGCGUGCAUAUCUGGACUUUCAGCAGUGAGUGGCCACAUAAAUGUGGAAGUUGAAAUAGCCCUGGCCCUGCAGCCGUUGAGAAGUGAGAACGCUCAGUUGCGGAGGCAACUGAGAAUUUUGAAUCAGCGCCUCCGAGAACAAGAGAAGAGUACAGAGACACCUGCUAACCUCAAAUUGUUUUCCCUUCGGUCGCUGUCACUGCAGAAUCAGCUGCAGGAGUCGCUGAAGAGCCAGGAGUUGCUACAGAGUAAAAACGAAGAGCUCCUAAAAGUGAUAGAAGACCAGCGAGAGGAAAACAGAAGGUUCUCCACUUUGUUUAAAGACGAAGAGCAAGCCCUGCUUCACAGCAGACAGCAGUUUGACAUGGAGAUGACCAGGGUGAAGAUGGAGUUGGAGGAAGCCUUGGCCAAUGAGAAGAACUCUCGGUUUAAGCUCGAGACUGCAGAAAAGGAAAAUCAGAUACUGGGAAUAACUCUCCGCCAGCGGGAUGCUGAGGUUGCCCGCCUUAGGGAACUAACCAGAACUUUACAGAACAGCAUGAGGAAGCUGCUCUCAGAUCUCCAUGUGGACACUGCCCGCUGCAAGAUGGGGAACAGCCUCACCAGAUCACUUCUGAAUGUCUAUGAUCAACAAUUUCAACGGGACCCAGCCCCUCCUCACAUCUCCAUAAUGAGCUACCUCAAUAAAUUAGAAACAAAUCAGAGCUUUAUACAGUCAGAACUGCCUAAUAAUGAGGAAACCCCCGAGUCAGACAGUCUCUGUGAAAAUGUGCUGCCCUCACAAAGACCUCCUCACAGUGACGCUAGGGCAGUGGAUGGGGGCCCUGCCCCUGGAACUGUCUCUGCUGCUUUGGUGGAGGAUUCUGACACAGACUGUGAAGCCGUCACUGUAGUAGAAGAUGGGUGUGACGUGGACAGUACAUUUUAUAUUCCCUUUGCAAGAAGCACUUCUAAAAAGCACUCGCCACCUUCUAAGAGACUGUCCCCCCAGGCGAAGGUGAGCGCUGCUGCCAGCGCCGGUGCCUGUGCCUCCAAAAAAGAAAGUAAACCGUGUGCACCCGCAGUUUGUCCCUCACGAGACAAAGCGGAAGAUGCACCUGGAAAUCUUUCUGGCACAUACGACACAGAGGACGUGCAGCUCCUCAGGAAAAUCAGAGAAGCACUUGGUAAGAUCCCUGCUGCUGCUGGGCACCCCAAGGAACAGGCCACCCAUCGUGGCCCACCAGCUCCGCUCAGCCCUGGCGUUCCUGUGAAGGGCAACAUUGUCGCUGACAGCAGCUUUCUCCAUUCUGACUUGAUGUCAGACUGGAGCAUCUCCUCGUUUUCAACAUUCACGUCUCGUGAUGAGCAGGACUUCAGAAAUGGCCUGGCAGCGUUAGAUGCCAAUAUUGCUCGGCUCCAGAAGUCCUUGAAGACUGGCCUUCUGGAGAAAUGAUUCUGGGAGGAAACUGAUUGAGUCCUUUUUUUAAAGUACAGAACUUGACUACAUUCAUAGUAUAUUUUGGGUUUUCUUAGAGAGAACAUUUUAUAUUAUUAAUUAUGUAUGAAAUAAUAAAUGGAGUAAAUUUACUGUUAAGAAUAUUUUAACACCUGAAACUUACAAAAACAAAUUUUCUUGAAACCAACAGUCUGGGAGAAGAAAGCCGUGGAUCAGAAAGUAUUGAUUUCAAGGCGCUUUACUUGACAGCUUCGGCUUCACAGAGAAUUCUUCACUGUGCAAUGGCUGGGUCGGCGGUGCAGCCACCGAGCAUCUCUGUCUGGAAGGAGAGUACGAAAGGAUCAGUACUGUUUAAAUGUUCCUCUCUGCAGUGGAAUGUUGGUUUCAUGGUAGUGUUCUUGUGUAUGGGAAUACUCUGUGUUACGAGCUAGUGCUGCCAAUGACAUGCGCUAACGUUUCAGAGAGAGAGAAGAGGCAGGUGCACCCACCUCACACAAAGCAUUGAUUUGUCCAGAGAAAUACCGAUGAUUGAUUAAUACAUAGUUUUUAAACCUUGGGCAUUUUAUUUAUAUUUGUCCUGAAUGCAUGUUUUAAGACCUUUAAAAAAUAAAGUCAGACUGAUAAGGUAAUGCUAAAUAACCAAGUUUUACCUUAGUAAUUUUGUUUUUUAGUAAGAAUUAUUGGGUUUUCCUUAAUGUCUUUGGAAAUGAUGGAGUUUUGCAAAUCUCAGCACUGGUGGUAAUUCUGCCUUUCUGACCCAGUCUCCUCCAUGGUUUAGCUGAGUGUGCUGCUCUGUGAUUAACAUGAACCAUGUUGCACCAGCAGUUCUCACCCACCUGCUGUCACCUCUUUCUGUGUAAACACAAAUUAACUCUUAGACUCUAAGUCCCGCGCCAUUAGUAACUUUUGGUACAUGUUACCUGCCUGGCACAGUUGAAUUUGGUUCUUGGAAAGCAUCUGGCAAUCGAGUAGUCUGCUGGUUUCAAAUUUUCUCCUGCUUCUACAACCUCUGAAGGACCCUGCUGGACUACUUAACAUAUCCUGACUUUAUGGGGAGGGUUUUUUGUUUGUUUGCUUUUUGUUUGUUUGUUUUAGGUCUAAAUGUAAAAUGAAUUAUAAACUAUUUUAAAGACUUGCUCAUUAACAUUUUCAAUUUACUUCCUUCUAGUAUUCAUAAAUGAAUUGUUUACUUAUUUUGAGAUAUCAGGUCACUCUUUCCAUUUUCGUUCAGAAGCACAAACUCAUAAAGAAGAAAACCGGGUCGUCUAAACAAGAACUUGUAUAGAAGCUAAUCUUAUAGAGGAAUUUUCUCAGUUCAGAUUCCUACUUCCCGGCCAGGUGUGGUAAUACACACUUUAAUUCCAGUAUGCAGGAGGCAGAGGCAGGCAGAUCUCUGAGCUCGAAGCCAGCCUGGUCUACAAAGUGAGUUCCAGGACUGCCAGGGCCAUACAGAGAAAUCCUAUUUAAAAAACAAAACAAAACAAAACAAAACAAAACUGGGCAAAUUCCCUCUUCCCAGAUAGGUCUGUUUAUGCUACAUUGACAAAACUACCCAGUAUCCUGAUCUAGUCUGCUACCAAGGGGGUCAUAAGAACCCUGAUGCAUAGCUGGCCGGUCAGUUGUGGGCUUGUGACUAACAUGUGAGGCAAGUGUCAGUCUGUUGGCACUGAGACCACACCUGUUUGACUCUACCUUUCAGGGUGACCGUGUCUUAAGGGACUUGGAUUGGUGUUUCUGCACAACCAGUUGGUUGCUGGUGAGGUGAAAUCCUAGUGCAUCCUGGUAUCAUAGAAAUGAAGUGUUGCCAACAUAAUUCUUCCUGUAUCUUCAGAAUACCACAUUAAAAAGUCUUAGGAAUUUACUUAGGAUUAUUUUUUCAUUAGUGUGUACACAUAAGUGUGUGGGCAUGGAUUUACCGUGGUGCAUAUCUGUAGGUCAGAGGACAACUCUUGGGGGUCAGUCUCUCCUACCCCCACAUUUGCUUGUGUUUUUGCGUGACCGUUGAUAUGGGAGUUUCUGCCUCCAGGUUCCAGCCUUGAGUUCCUGCCCUGACUUCCCUCGGUGAUAAGUGUGCCCUGAGAGUUGUAAGAUGAAAUAAAUCCUUUCCUCCCAAGAUGCCUUUGGUCUUGGUGUUUUAUCACAGUAGAAAAGUAACUAAGUUUGCUAGUGCAGCUCACAGAACUCAAGAAAACAUUUACGGUUUUGUUUUUUAAGGAUAUAAACAGCCAGAAGAGAUUGAUAGGCCAAUGCCUGGAAAAGAUGCUACCUACCUACAGUCUCUGUCCUCACCGAACUGGGCUCUUCUGUCCUCUAGGUGUAUACGGAUUUGUUCUUGUUCAGCUCCUGUCAAGUCACCUACUCUAGCUGCCUAAAAGUUCUCUCUACCCUGGCAUCACAAUUGAAUCAUAGACAGCUAGGUAUGUCAGUGGUUCUCUGCCUUCCUGAUGUUGUGGCCCUUUGAUAUAAUUCCUUGUGUUGUGGUGACCCCAACCAUAAAAUUAUUUUUAUUGCUGUUUCAUAAAUGUAAUUUUGCUAUUGUUAUAAAUUGUGAGUAUUCAUGUUUUCUAAUGAUCUGUGGGGACUCCUGUGAAAGAGUCAGUCAACUCCCAAAGGGGUUUCGACCCAAAGUUUGAGAACUGCUGAUGUAAAUAAAUGGUUGGACAAAAA